UCGGCAGGACGGACAUCACCUCCCUCUGCUCAGACAGCUGGCUCUCGUCUCUCACAGUCUGGGGCUUUUAUUUUGAAACGCGCUGCAGGCUACCCCUUAUCUGAGGAGAAGGCAGCACCUCCUUGAAAACAAGAGUCUGUACCAGAGGGGAUCUCAGAGGAGGACAGCAGCUGUCGGACUUGUGGAGCUUUUCAUCUUGAAAAAUUACCUUUGCACUUAGAUCUGUGAUUGUCUGAGGAAACUUCAUCAAUCUGAGCAGCUCUCACCCUGCACCAAGUUCGGUCCAUGACAGUUCAGCUGGAUGUGUGGGGAGGACGUGUUUGAGGCCGCUUGGCGCGACUUUGAGGUCUUGGACAUCUGGCCGACUUCCAGCGAACUUCUGAGAAGAAAUGGUGGACGCCUGAACCGCGGAGAACCAGAAUGGAGCCUGUGAGGAAGGACCUGGAGCUGUUCAGCAACAGCAUGGCCACCUACGCUCACAUCAAAGCCAACCCAGAGAGCUUCGCCCUCUACUUCAUGAUGGGCGUCUGCUUCGGGCUGUUCAUGGCGCUCUGCUUGCUGGUGGCCGGCAUCGCCUGCAGGACUCGCCGCCGCACCAGGCCCCCUCCGUCCCCGGAGAGGAGGCAGCUCAAGGAGUCCAGUGAGGAGGAGGACAGCGUGGACGAGGAGGAUGAGGUGGAUGCCCCCAAAGCGGCGGCGAGGACCCUGAGCGAGCGCAGCAGCCAGUCCAACGGCACCCUGCGGAGCGUCAACGUGUUCCAGUCGGGCGAGGAGCUGGAGAAGGCCCGGCGCCUGGAGGAGCGGGAGCGGAUCGUCCGGGAGAUCUGGAGGAACGGGCAGCCGGACAUCCUGGUCACAGGGACGGGGACGAUUGGACGGGUCCAUUACCACUGACGGACCUUGGAACUGGACCCUUAACAGACAAUCACAUGCAUGUUUAACUGCCUGAAGACACAAAGACGUUUGUGCAGAACCCACUAACUGAAAUCCGGAUGAAGAACUUGAGCAGCUUCUCCGAGCGGGUGAAGGUUCUUACUGAUGCUCCUCCGUCAAUGUGACACAAAAUACAGUCAUGUACACCUUUAUAUCCUUUCUGUAACCCUUGUUUUUGGUGUAAAAAACAAAUCAUCUGAUUGUACAAGGACAAAUACAACCUCAGCUGACGAACAAUGUGUAUUCAAUUCACAAAAAAACAACAAAACAAAUCCCGUGCAAGCCGAAGUACAUCCAUCAGUGCGUCCGAAAUGCCAUACUA